GGUACUGUUCUGGGUACGGUACGGUUGAGAAGGAAGGCGCAAAGUGUUUACAAAGCAAAAUGCAGGCUCAAUUAGCAUAGCAGCUAGUCUAGCCGAUUCGUGGCAUUUGCCAGUGUAAUUGCAUACGUGCAUACGCAUACGUGCUUAUCUUGCAUGAGUUCUGUGUACAUUUGCAAUAAAUGUUUGGCAUUUGCCACCAACAGUCUCAGUCUGCGUUUGAAUUUCAAAGCGAAAUGGAGUCAAUCAAUUAUGGAGAUCUUAUCCUUAAAAGAGAACUUGGAAAAGGGAGCUUUGGAGAAGUCUGGGAGGCCACGUAUAAAGGCAAUAAAGUAGCUGUUAAAGCAAUAAUAGGGGACAUCCAGACAAAUAUUGCAAUUGUAAACGAGGCUCAUAAUCUGGCAAAGGCCAAUCAUAAGAACAUCAUCAAACUAUAUGGCACUACGUAUCACAAUGAUAGAAGCUUCUUAGUUAUGGAAUAUAUGGCUGGUGGAUCACUGUGGCAUUUAUUGCAUCAGCAGAAAAAUAAAAAAUAUGAACUGACUGAUAGCGUUCGCUGGUUAACUCAGGCGGCAGAGGCUCUGGCUUAUCUGAUAUCAGAAAUAGGAGUUCAUCGCGAUGUUAAGCCCCAGAAUAUGUUGCUUGAUGCUGAACAAAAAAAUUUGAAAAUUUGUGAUUUUGGCAUGGUACGAAAAGUGGCAACAUUUAUGACAAACAAAAGGGGAACGGCCGUAUAUAUGGCACCCGAGGUUUUCAAUGGCUGCAAAUACUCUGAUAAAUGCGAUGUGUAUAGCCUGGGCAUUUCAAUGUGGGAAGUUUUUGUGCGUAAAGUACCUUAUUCUGGUGUUGAUGUAACAGGAAAUGCAGAUCUCUUAAUAGAAAUUGAUAUGAAAAAUCUACGACCCUCCCUAACGGAUUUGGCUAAAAGCGAGUGCCCCAUGAACAUUCAAACAUUGAUAAAGAAGUGCUGGGAUAAAGAACCGAACGUGCGACCAUCCAUGCAAGAGAUUGUGGACGAAUUGAAGUCGACAAAGCUAUAAGCGUAAAAAUAAUAAUUUUAUAUAUUCAUUAUAUAAUUUUGUGUAUUUUUGUAAAAAUAUCACAAAUUGGAAUAAAGCAUCCAAAAUCAUAUAAAUCGUA